GUUCCGGGAGGCGGCCCUAUUAGCCUGUGCACCACCCAAGGCAGCAGUCAUACGAAUUAGCCUUUCAAGGCCGCCUUAUUAAUGCGCACGCUGUGCUAGAAAAGUGUCCUAUCCCGAUUUGGCAUGAAGUGAGUGAGCGACAGACAACCCGACGUGGGCAAGCGCGUCAUGGCCGGCCUAAGUACUGCGCAGUAACAGAGAUGAGCCUGAUCAUACGUAAUCUGCAGAGAGCCAUCCCUAUCAGGAGAGUGCCAAUUCGCAAGAAGAUAGAACAGCUCCGUUGCAUUUUGGGUGUGCAGAAGUUUGAUCUCGGUGUUAUCUGUGUUAACAAUAGGCACAUAGAGCACCUCAAUAGAACUUAUAGACGACAAAAUAUCUCCACUGAUGUGUUAUCGUUUCCUUUCCAUGAGAAUCUGAAAGCAGGGGAGCUGCCACAAUCUUGUGCUCAAGAUGACUACAAUCUGGGAGACAUUUUUCUAGGAGUAGAAUAUAUCUAUCAACAGUGUGAGGAGAAUAAGGAAGAUUACAACAGUGUUCUGACAGUGACAAUUGCUCAUGGCAUGUGCCACUUACUUGGAUAUAAGCACAGUACAGAAGCAGACUGGAAACAGAUGUAUGAAAAGGAAAGAGAAAUUCUCCAGGAACUAAGCAGGAUGUCAGGCACAAAUCUCCAACCACUGACCAAAAGGCAUUUCUAGUGAUUCUAUCUGAAUGUUAGUCCACAAAUAAAAUAAUUAAAUGUUCUAUUUUGUUUAAUUAUGAAUGGAUCUCUAAUCUUGAAUAUAUUAAGACCAUUGCCAUUACUCAAUAAACAAUGACCCAAGUGGUUCCACAA